AUGAUCGGCUUGUACGUGCUGCAUCAAACGCUGGGAACGGGCACAUUUGGCAAAGUCAAGCUCGCUACUCAUGCACUCACAGGCCAUCGGGUCGCUGUCAAGAUCAUCAACAAGCGAAAGAUCUCUUCGAUGGACAUUGGCGGGCGCAUCAAGCGAGAAAUCCAGUUUCUUCGCCUUCUUCGGCAUCCGCACAUUAUCAAGCUAUACGAGGUGAUUGCAACGCCGUCUGACAUCAUAAUGGUGCUGGAGUAUGCAGGCGGUGAGCUGUUCCAGUAUAUCGUGGAUCAUGGGCGGCUUUCUGAAAGCGAAGCACGGCGUCUUUUCCAGCAAAUUAUCAGUGCGACGCAUUACUGCCACAAGCACAAGGUUGCACACCGCGACUUGAAGCCUGAAAAUUUGCUACUGGAUGAAUUCUUCAACAUCAAGGUCGGCGAUUUUGGCCUCUCGAAUUUCAUGGUGGACGGCGACUUCCUCAAGACCAGCUGCGGCAGUCCCAACUAUGCAGCGCCAGAGGUCAUCUCGGGCCGGCUGUACUCUGGUCCCGAAGUUGAUGUAUGGAGCUGUGGCGUGAUCCUGUAUGUGAUGCUCUGUGGUCGACUGCCAUUUGACGACGACUACGUCCCCUCCUUGUUCGUCAAGAUCAACAAAGGCAUCUACACGCUCCCUUCGCAUCUUUCCAUCGAGGCGAAGCAACUCUUGUCUAGCAUGCUGGUCGUCGAUCCUGUCAAGCGCAUUACGAUUCCCGACAUCAUGCAGCUCCCGUGGUUCAACGUCGAUCUCCCAGCCUACCUGCGACCGUUCCCAGCUACACCUUCCGUGGAAGAGAAGCAGUGUGCCCUGUACCGCGCCCCUGUCAUGGACGACACACUAGGCACCGAGCACAUCGAUGAUCCAUCCGCUGUGCAGCCAAAGGAAGCCGGGCCUCUGCCUGAUCCGUCAAUGGUGUCGCCCGACCUUGGCAUUAUCGACCCGCUGAUCCUCGAAGAGCUUCUCGGCAAGGUUGAGGGCCUGUCUCGCAGCAAUGUGCUCGAGAUGCUUCGCGCACCCAAUACCAACCAAAUCAAGGUCGCGUACCAUCUCUGCCGAGACUAUCACCGCACACUCGAUACCAUGAGCAACAUGCUGCGAGAGAUGGAGCUCGGCCACGAGGAUGGCCACGCGUCGUCUUCCUCUUUCUCAACAUCACCAUCCACGAGCGUCGAGGGCGGCGUCGGUUCCGAGUCGCUCUCUCGCUCGUCGUCGCUCCGCGCGCGCCAACGGCGUUCAUCAAUCAGGCCUAUGCUUGCGCCUGGUACCUCGCCGAUGCACUACAAUGUGCUCAUUAAGCGCUCGGGUGCCACGACCGAUCUCACACACGCCGACAAGAACGACGAAGCUCGUCCUCGAUCGCGUCGGCCGUCAGCCGCAUCAUCGCGACGCGGCGUCGGCGUUGACGAGGACAUGAAGGCGCGUGUAAAUGAGCUUAUGGCCGCUGUGGAGGACGAGGCCAUCGAGGGCUCUGAUAUCGAAUACCAGAUGCUCGACGAUGAAAGCGACGACUCCGAUGACUCGAGCGAUGCCUCUUCACACAUGUUCGAUUUUGAUGAGGAGUAUGUCAGCUUCGAUAUAGUCGAUGACCUGUGCAUGGAUGAGGCGACCGAGCGCGAACCGCUCCAAGAGUCGUACAUGCGUCUCACAAACAACUUGGCUGUGCUCGAGACCAGUCUGCCGCCGUCGCAGCGCUCUAUAUACCAUGACACCUCGUCCAAGGCACAUCGCAGCCAGUCUAGCGCACACCAAGGCACAGGCUCAGCCGCGCCGGCUAGCGCGCCAUCAGCCUCCGCUUCUACCAGCACCAUCGCGCCCUCAUCCGCGUCGCGCUCGGGAUCUGCCUCGCCCACGCCAUCAUCCACAUCGGCCAAGUCGGCUGCAUCCUCGGCAUCGUCGACGCGCCGGACGCGCUCACCUUGGCAUUUCGGUAUACGAAGCCGCAGUAAUCCCAUGGAAAUUAUGCUUGUCCUUUACAGGACCAUGGAGUCUCUUGGCAUGGAGUGGUGUCCCAAGACGCCACUGCCGUCCGUCUCGCGUGGUUUGCACAACAUGAGCGCCGAGGAGCGGAACCAAGUCCUCGAUGCACUUAACGAAGACAUUUUCUACGCACAGACCCAGUGCAUCCUUUACGGUCGCAAGGUGCGCAUGGAUCUUCAGUUGUACCGUGUGGAUGAUCAGUCGUACCUGGUAGAUUUCCGCAAUGUCGGCUAUCUCAUGUCGCAGCCGGAAGCGCCCGCUUCAGCAGCUGCUGCGUCCGCUGCUUUCGAUUCAUCUGUGGAAACCACCAUGGCUCCUGCUGCUUCACUUGCAUCUGUGCCGCCCGCAACACCGUCAUUGCCUCCAUCGUCCGUCACGCUCCGUCGCGACACCCAAAGUCCGUUUCUUUUCUUCGAUGCGGUGUUUCGUCUCAUUGUGGAGUUAGCUGGCGGCUAA